AUGACAGAAGACUACAAGAGUUUCCUUUCCGGAAUAUUUGUCGGAUUUUUGACACUUUUAUUCCUGCAGGUGUCUGCAGUUGCAUUUGGUCUUAAGAAAGUCCUGACUAAAAAGCAGUACCCUGACAGUUACCACAGAGACCUUUUCAAUGACCCACCAAAUGAACUGAUUAGUCUACUAAGCAUAGCCACCAAGGAGUGUACAGAUCUAGCCUGGUUGAAUAUAACCAUCCAAAGAUUCUUCUAUGAAUUAACAAAAUCAAGCACAUUCCAUGAGAAAGUAAAGGCAACCUUAAUCAAGAAGAUGUCAAUUGCCUUUUCCACAGGAAUCUUAAAAAGAGUCCGUUUCAAGGAUAUUUCAUUUGGAAGUGAAGCCCCUUACAUUAAAAGCAUCAGGGCCCUUUCCAAAGAAGAAAUAAAUAAUUUGCCAGGGAACAAAGAGGUUCCUUUAAAUAAGCCAGCUUCAUUUAAGCAAGUUUAUUUAUUAAUUAGUAUGGAUUACACUGCAGGAGAUAACUGCAUAUUCAUAGAUGCAGAUUUAAUUAAGGGAUAUUCUAUACCAAUUAGGGUUAAAUUGCAGCCCUUCAAAGGAGAACUUCUUCUAAGGAUGCCAGCAAAUAAUUAUUCAACAAGAUUUGAGAUUUCAUUCAUUAGGAACCCUGGGUUUAAUUUCACUGUAGAUGCUUCCUUCUCAAAGAAUGAUUCUGCCUUCUUUUCGAAUACGCUUAGUCAUUUGAUCAAGAAACUAUGUGAAUAUACGGCUAAAAUGUAUAUAUUCCCUAAUUGGUACUACUAUUACUUACCAAUUGUAGUGUACAGGGCAAAGACAAUCUCAUAUUCUUACUAUCCUAUUAAGAAUGGGUCUACUGAUGGUCUAAUGCAACAGAUCCGGGAGGUUCAGAAUCUAUUUAGUUUAGAUUUCGGGAUUGUCAAGAAAUGGGAGAAUGUGAUAUUUAGGAAGACUAAGAGUACAGUUAACUCAUCAAAUACAGUCUUGGAGAAGGCUGAGAUUGAGUUGAUUAAUAAGCCUAGUAUUCUUGUUGAAUUAUUUAGUCAGGGUUCUGUUGAAAUAUUCUCUGAUGUAAUUAGUGACUACGAAGGGGCUGAAGUAUUAGAGUCAUUUGGGCCUGGUGUGGAACUGGUUCAGAUUGUGAUUUCAAAUCAAAUAUAUGAAUUUAUACGUAUAAUAAUUGAUGGGUUAAUUAUAUAUCAACGGACAGACCCGGAAGAACCUCAGUUUAUUGCCUUCAAACGGGAAGUCUCUGGGUCUAUAACACUCCUGCAGUACGUGAAUGUAUCAGAGGCAUUUUAUCUUGGGCAAUUUAGGAUAAAGAAAUUAGCGAAGAAGUUGGAGAGACAGGAGAUGAAGGUCCUUGGGUCUGCAAAAUUAUUCAGGUUCAUUGAUUUUUCCGUUAAACAAGCAAAAAAAACAAAAGAAAUUUUCAAAACAAAAUCAGAAGAGAAGAUGGAUAAGGCCUUAGAUAAGGCUAAAAUGGAAAUAUCCAAGGAAGAAGUCCUUCAGAGAGACUCCUUCAAGGAGAAGUAUGUCUCAGAGGGGUACACUCCAAUUAAUUCUGCAAUUCCAUCUGAAAAUCCAUCAGAAGUAAGCAUAAUUGAGUCUCAUUUCAUUGAGAUCCAGAAGGACUUAAAUGACUCAGAGAGAAGACCUGAUCAGGUAAUUAUCCUACCGUACAAAAAAGAAGAUUUGAAAAAAGUUUUUGAAAGUUCGUUAAUUAGGGCAUCCAUUUUAGGUAGUUUUACGAUCAUGGAAGAUAUCUUGCUGACCGAGAAAAUCAGAAAUAUCUCUAUGGCGCAGCCAUCUGGACAGUAUGUUCAGCUGCUAAGCUACUUUGAUGAAGAUGAAAAUCUUCUGAUUGAAAGAAUUCUUCUCUCAGAGGAGCACAAGGGUGUAACAGCAGCAGUUCGGGUGAGUGAUGAAAGAUUGGAAAUAUUCCUGUUUGGAGGGCGCAGUUUAUAUCUGGGGAAUUUUAAGCAACUGAUUAUUCCAUAUCUGGAAGGCAGCAAGAUUUUAAAUCUCCCGAAGAUGGAAAUCCCAAAGAAGCACGUGGAAACACUAAUUGAUUCUUCUGGUUUUAUUAUUUCCUCAGAGGUUCCUACAGUCUGCCAGGUGAAGGUUGAAGUGGAUAACGUGGUAUUCUUUAAGGUAGACGUAAAUAUAAAGAACCCGUUUAUUUUCAGGUUUAAAAACAAAAAAAACCUGUCCAUGAUAGUUUCAGUUAAAAAUAAGAAAAAUACACCUUUGGAAAUGGCAAUAAUCCCAAUCUCAAAUAAGAUAAAAAUAAACCCUUCAGAAAAAAAAUCCAAAGAUAUCUUAACUGAAGGGUUUGUAUCUUCAGAUCAGACAAUUUCUGACAUGGAAGAAGUGAGUUUCUCUGCGAACAGCACAGAGACAAAUGAAAGCCAAGAAGAAGGCAGAGAAGAGAAUACUCCAGAAGAAAAGGCAAAUUACAUCCAAAUAGAAGGAGAUCUUGUUCUGCAGAAGAAAAGCAAAGUACCAAUUCUUUCUGGAAGGGGUCUUCUUUACUGGAAUAUUCCCUGGUCGCCUGCAGAGAAAGUAAAGACAGAAGAGGUAGACUCUCUUCUCAUAAAUGGAUCCGGGUACGCACUGGCUGAAACCCCAGUUCAAAUGUAUUGUAAAAAUGCAGAGAAUAAAACAGUUACAAAAAGCAUCAAGGUUGGCAUAAUAUAUAACCCAGACGUAACUGAUACACAAUAA